CAAAACCGUUCGAAAACCUUUACCUUCUCUCUCUCUCUCUCUCUCUGAUUUGGCCAUGGACGAGACUAAGCAGAGGUUCGAAGCAGAGAGAGAAAGAGAAGACGAUGAAGGAGGAGAAGAAGACGGCGGCGUCGAUGUAGAAUUCGAUGAAGUUGAUGAUGAUGACGGUGGCUGUGGUGGUGGUGAAGUUGGUGGUAGGGAACGGAGGAGCCAACUCGGUGAGUUCGACAGUUGUUCGUUACCGCCAAUCGAAGCACAGUUUCGCUGUUCUCAAUCGGAAACCCUAGCCAACUCCAAGAUUGAUCUCCCCUGCGAUUUCGUUGCUUCUUCUCACCAACUCUCGGAGGUGCCGGUGGAUUAUGCUCUUCUACGGCCGCUGGAUUCGGCUGAAUUCAAGGAUCAAGUUGGGGUGUCCCACCAGCAAGCUGUAAGUGUAACAACCCAGGCUGCUCAAGUUCAGUCACAGAAUCAGCUUCAGUCACAUGGCUGCCCAACUUCUUCACCAGAAUUAUCACCAAAUUCUGCUACACAGUCCCUUUCAUCUGCCCCAAGUCCAACACUCAUAGAUCAAAAGCUGUCACCGGUAACGAAUGCUAGUAGUGCAUGUAUGGCAGAAAUGGAACCACAGAAUUCUUCCGACCGUAAAACUUUAUCUGCUGUACGUGUUGCGAGGACACCUUCUAUUGAUGGGUUCAAUUGGCGAAAGUAUGGUCAGAAGCAGGUGAAAAGUCCUCAAGGUUCCCGAAGUUACUACAAAUGCACAUAUUCUGACUGUUAUGCUAAAAAGAUUGAAUGUUGCGAUCACUCUAACCUUGUCAUUGAGAUCAUUUCUAAAGGUCAGCACAAUCAUGAUCCGCCUCGAAGAAUAAAUUGCACAAGGGAAAGUAGGCCUGUGUUAUCUUCUGAACCUAAUACUACAGCUCACCCAGUGAGAAAGCUUAAUGAUUCAGAUCCAUCCACUUCUUCAAGAGAACUGAUACAGGAAACACAAGCGCUACCUGAAGCCAAAAAACAGAAUUCUAGUGAUUCUGAUGGGACUGCUGAAAUUGACAUUAAGGAGGAGCAUGUUGAUGAGCCAGAACCAAAACGAAGAGUGAAGAAAAGCAACUCAGCUUAUUCAGAUUCUCUAUUAAAACCUGGCAAGAAACCUAAAUUUGUUGUGCAUGCGGCUGGUGAUGUGGGAAUUUCGGGAGAUGGCUACAGGUGGCGCAAGUAUGGACAAAAAAUGGUGAAGGGAAAUCCUCACCCCAGGAACUACUACAGAUGUACCUCAGCUGGAUGUCCAGUCCGGAAGCACAUUGAGAGGGCUGUUGAAAGCACAAAUGCUGUGACAAUAACAUACAAGGGAGUACAUGAUCAUGAUAUGCCAGUACCCAAGAAGCGGCACGGUCCGCCAAGUGCUCCUCUUGUUGCCGCCGCUGCUCCUGCUUCCAUGAACAAUUUGCAAUCCAAGAAAACCGAACCAGUCCAGAACCAGAACCAGAACCAGACAUCUGCAACAACCCAAUGGUCAGUAGACACACAAGGUGACUUAAAAGGUGAGGAGACAUUGGAUGCUGGAGAGGACAAGGCAAUGGAAUCAGCUCGAACUCUUCUGAGCAUUGGAUUCGAAAUUAAGCAAUGCUGAAUAUGCACAAGUUCAUAGGUGAAAGGGGUCAGCAAAAAGAGGAAAAAAAGGAGUAGAUUAUUAAUGGGCCAUUCUUCGUUAAAUAUAAAUUAUUACAUUCUUAAGUUUGGUGUUUUUUUUUUGGUAUGUUUCUUUUAUUCCUUCUUAGUUUGUUGUAGGUCUUUUAGAAAGCAGGUUGUGUAUAUUUGGUGGUACCAUAAAUUUGACUAUAGCAUUUUCGAUAUUGUGUUCUUCCUUUGUGUUGGUUGAAACAGAUGAAAAUAGAAACAAAAGGCAUUCUUAU